AUGACGGCUAUACGGACAAGAAUAACGGUUUCUGGAAGAGAAAAGAAGGCAUUACGGGCUUUUUAUUAUAAUCAAAGAAAAAAACCUACACAGAUUGAAGUUGCCGAUUGGUUCAAAAGUGAAUUUGGAAAACCAAUUGCUCAGUCAACAUUAUCGAGAAUUCUUUCAGACAGGUUUGCAUACUUGGACGAUACCGAUCAAAAUCUGCAUGCAAAAAGGAAUCGCUCACCAAAAUUCCCUGCACUCGAGAAGGCACUGUAUAACUGGAUUCAGGAUUCUCAUCUAACAAGGACGAAAGCCACGAAUGAUAUACUGAAAGCAGCGGCGACGAAGCUAUGGGGCGCCAUUCCCGAAUAUAGAGAAUCCUCUAUGCCUGAAUUUAGUAAUGGCUGGGUUGAAGGCUUUCGAAGACGAUACCUGGAGCGCGCGGACGAGCCUUCUGGGGGGGAAUAUUAUAUCGAUGUUGAACAGCUUGGCGACAGCAUGGUGCGUAUUCAAGAUGUUGCAAGCUUUUUUCCAAAAGAAAACAUAUUCAACGUGGAUGAAACUGGGCUAUUUUGGAAAUUAUUACCGAACCAAACCCCUUCUAUCGAAAACUGUGGGUAUGCAAAGCGUUAUAAAGCUAAGAUAAGCAUUGUAAUGUGCGCAAAUGCAACCGGAAGUGAGAAGCUCCCCUUAUGGGUUGUCGGAUAUGCGAAACAACCAAGAGCUUUUCAUUCGACCGGUACUUAUCCUGAAAAUAUUGGUAUACAUUGGCGCUGUUCUGGGAAAGCGUCUAUGACACUCACCAUUAUGGAGGAAUGGCUCCGUUGGUUUGAUUCGAAGAUGGAAGGACGAAAGGUAUUGUUGGUUCUCGAUAAUUCCGAUGUACACCGGCUUGCGGUUGAAAGCAUUCGUUGUUCUAGUCAUUCAUUCCAAAACACCACAAUAGUCUUUCUUCCUUCCAAUUCGACGAAUGUCUACCAGCCAUUUGAAUUGGGCGUUUUUAACGCAUUUAAGGUUUUGUAUAGACUGCAAUGGACUCGAUACUGGAAAGCGCACCUGUCAAAUGGACUAUCACCACAAAGCAAGAUAAACAUUGUUUCCGCCACGAAAUGGAUUUCCUCUUCAUGGAACAUUUUAUUGUCCGAAACUGUCAUUGACCAUGCUUUUCGCCGGUCGGGAGUGUUGAGUAUAGCCGAUGAGAAUGAAGCUGCUUCACAGGUCCCUUUCAUGUCAAACGAAAUAAAAGAAAUCGUUGAUUUGAUUCAAACAGUUUUGGGAAAAACAGAAUUCAAGCUGGAAAAUUAUUUGAACCCUUUCGAAGAAAGUUUAGAAGAGAACACGAAAAAUUUACAGGAUAACGAGAUAGCCGCAGAAUUUAUGAACGAUAAGGAAUUUGAAACAGAUGAAGAAGAACAAAGUCUUUCUCUUAUUCCUCACGAAAAGGCACUCCAAGCUAUUCAGUUGCUUCUAUAUUUUGAGGUUCAACGAUCAAAUAAAGAUGAUACGAAAUAUCCUCAGAUUGAAAAGCAUCUAUCGAUAAUCCAAAGUCGGCUACAGAGAAAACAGACUAGCCUAAUAAGGCAACAAGAAAAUUCUUAA